CUUCCAUUGCUUGAGAAUCCGAAUCACUCAAGCUUCUAACAAUUCGUUUCGCGUAAGAAUAUCAUAUUCUCACUUUACUUCUAGGAUUUUCACUGAUUCAAAGAAGGUUCUUUUCUUUUUGCAUUUUCCUUUACGAAUUCACAUUCUCAUGCUCCGAUACCCUCUACGCCAUCUUCUGAUUAAUCUGCGCUCUCACAUAGCUCGGAUUUCAUCUAUUAAAGUACCUUCAUUAUCCAAUUUCUUACCUCCAUGUUCUAAUAGUAGAGCGAUAGCAGCUUUUGGAUCACCUAUCUCAUCAAACUAUUCAACGACUACAGUAAAUUUGCCUUCUUUACUCUUUUCUGUUAAAUAUUUAUGUUCAUCGUCUUCUCAAUGGAAUUUCUGCAAUUCCUCUAAAGAUGUUUGUGAAAAUGCCACAGCUUCCAUAUCAAAUAAGGUUUAUGAAAACAUUAUGUCUACUUAUAGCUCUGAUCAAAGCUUGGAGAGCGGUCUUGAUGCCCUUGGACUGGAACUUACUACUGAGCUGGUAAAUGAUGUUAUACACAGGCUUCGUUAUGAAGAAAAACUUGCUUUUCGGUUUUUCACUUGGGCCGGCCAUCAGGAUGGUUACACUCAUGAUCACCAAAGCUUCAACGACAUGAUUGAGAUCUUGUCCAGCACAGGGUUUAAAAUGAAGCAAUUUGGUGUAGUUUGCGAUGUUUUGGAUUAUAUGAAGAGAAAGAGAAAGAAUUCAGUUCCAGUUGAGGCUUUGGUCACAAUAUUGAAAACAUAUAGUGAGAAGAAGCUAACACACAUUGGAAAGUUUGCAAGAAAGAAGAGAAUCAAGCCAAAGAUUCAGCCAGAGGUUCAGUCCCUGAACUUGUUGCUUGAUUCACUCUGCAAGUGCAGCUUGAUUGUUGAAGCUGAAUCCAUAUUUCAUCGAGUGAAGCAGAAGAUCAUUCCUACUGCCGAAACAUAUAAUAUUUUGUUCUUUGGGUGGUGCAGGGUGAGAGAUCCUAAUAAAGCAAUGAAGGUUCUUGAAGAAAUGAUUGAAAGAGGUCAUAAUCCUGAAAGCUUUGCCUAUAAUGCUGCAAUUACUUCCUUCUGCAGCAGUGGAAUGAUCAAACAGGCAAGGGAACUAUUUGAGUUCAUGAGAACCAAAGGUUCGACAAUAUCGUCGCCAACUGCCAAGACUUACUCUGUCAUGAUCAUUGCUCUUGCCAAGUUUGAUAUGAUGGAAGAAUGUUUUAGCCUUCUCAGUGAUAUGAGAGGUUGCGGUUGUCUUCCCGAUGUGUCGACUUAUAUAGAUUUGAUCGAAGGAAUGUGUGAAGCCGGAAAGAUUGAAGCUGCCUAUAAAAUAUUGGAGGAGAUGGGUGAGAAAGCUUAUCCACCUGACAUUCUUACUUACAAUUGUUUCCUUAAGGUGUUAUGCAACAUGAAGAAACACGAAGAAGCAGUGAGGCUUUGUGAGAAAAUGGUGGAGGGAGGGUGUGAGCCAAGCGUUCAUACUUAUAAUAUGUUGAUUGCAUUGUUCUUUGAGAUUGGGGAUUGUAAUGAGGCCUUUGGAAUAUGGGAUGAAAUGGAGAGAAGAGGGUGCUCGCGUUCUGUGGAUAGUUAUGGGAUAAUGAUUGAAGGGUUGUUUGGUUGUGGGAGAGAGGAAGAUGCUUGCUUGCUUUUGGAAGAGGUAAUCGAUCGAGGGAUUAAGUUAUCAUAUAAGAGAUUUGAUGCUUUGAUGUCGCGAUUAUCGGAGAUUGGAGAUUUGCAUGCCAUUCAUCGUCUUUCUGAGCAUAUGAGGAGGUUCUACAAUGUAGCCAUGGCUAGACGUUUUGCCAUGAGUCAAAAGAAGAAAAGCAUGAGCUUGAGAAGGCCAUGAGUUCUACUUGUAUGAUCACCGAUCAUUAAAGAAUGAGGUGGUGAAAUAUUUAUGAGCUGUAGCAUAGUCAUUGAUUUGUAGAGUUUAAGGUUUUGUUUGGGAUGGCUUUCUCACUGCUUCCUAAAACAGCUUUUUAGUACAAAAUUUUUAUUUUUGUAUUAAAAAAUUACUUUAAGAAGCAUUAAGAAAGUUGUCUCAAACUAAGCUUAAACUUGUUCCAAAGCAUUUGACUUGUACUAUUAUGGAUGAAUAAUUAUUGUUCUUUUUCAAGU